GCGCCUGCCGUUCGCUGUCGCCUUUUCACGCGGCUCUAUUUAUAUCGACGGCUCACCCUCCGCGUCGCUUUGCACUCACGCAAGCGCAUUGUGCACCUGAAACGCAGAAAGUGAAAAUCGCACAUCACGGUCACGUUAGGGGCAGGGCGCAGUAUUGCAUUAGUGUAGUGGUUGCGCUAAUUAGUGGCUCGCGGGACGAAACGGUCGCGCCAUCAGCGGCUCACGAGAAUGGCCGAUGCCUCAUCGGCAGCGGUCUCCAUCACUGCGCUAAACCUUGACGCGUCAGCCGUUUCGCCGGCUAGAGAUUCGAGGACGUGACAUCCCUCGAUCGACCGUGGGCUGCCGGCGCGAUGGCUUCGACGAUGCAACUCGAAUUCACCCAGGCGAUGACGGAUUUUAAAACCAUGUUCCCCGAUAUGGACGAUGAUGUGAUCGAGGCGGUGCUUCGAGCCAACCAGGGUGCCGUCGACGCGACCAUCGAUCAGCUGCUGGCCAUGAGUACCGAUAACCAGAACGAGCGGUUGCGCCUCGAGAUAGAGCGCGUGGAGAGCAGCUCUCCCUCUCGUCGCAGAGAUCGGCGAACCAAUCGACCGCUCGAGAACGGCGAAGACAACGACACUACAGCUCUUGUUGACGUAGAAGAUGAAUCUGUGCCACUGGCUGUGCGAAAGAAGUGGGUUCCACGAAUGCUAGGGCCUUUACCGCCCAUGUUCCUGCGAAUUCCUCCAAACACCGACGCAAGAAUAGAUUUAAAUCUGGAAAUGGAUGACGACCGCAUCGCCACAUUCUUGCAAAAUGAGGAAUUCAUGGCUGAAUUGCGUUGGAACCAAGAGUUCAUCGCAGCGUUAGAUAGCGAUCAGGGGAAUAAAACAAAAUGCCAUGAUGACGACGCCGCAUUUAAAGAAAGACUGAAGAAUAUGGGAAAGUUGUCAAGGAAGAAAUUUGCGCAAUUAUCGCGAAUGUUCAGCCGUGGAGGGUCACGACGAAGCGGAAGCGCCAGGGCUCCGCCCCGUGGCCCGCCAGACAGUCUUUUAUUACAAGAGGAGCACAGUGACGAUGACGACAAAUCGCAGACUCAAAACGUUAAAAUAUAAUCAUUCCACGCUAUGUCAUAUCGCGCUUCAAACAAGACUUACUAAACUAGACUAGGAGGGCCUUAUUUCAGAGCUGCACAAGCGUUCGCAUUACAAGACUGGGGAUAGAUAGAUAAGGUUGCAUUUGUUAUUGUUGCUUUGAUGAGGACGGAUUAUUUAACAUUUGUGGAGAUGCUGCCAUACUUUAUUUAUAUGCAUUUACUGUCCUAGACUUGAGUUAGAGGUUAGGUCAUUUGUUUGAUUAGAACGUCGAUUAAUAUCCUAAAUAGACUCUGACUACACUUAGACCGAAUACAUUUCAUUACCCUUCUACAUUGCUGAUUAGGUCUGUUACUUAGUUUGUCAUUUGCCUCAAAAUUUUUGUCAUUUAUUUGAGUAUAUGUAAAUGUGAGGUGCGUUUAAUUAAUUCGUAAGAUCUCGUGAUGUUAUAGAAGUUUUCCUCUUUAAAAUUAAUAAUAAAAACAUCUUUUAA